UCCGGGUCCCGAGGACUCUGUGCCGCUGGAGGACUCUGCCCUUUCCUGCCAGGAUCAAUGGCUGCCUUGUGUGCAUCUGCCAGGUGCCAGGUGAGGAUUCCGUAACAUUCGAGGAUGUGGCCAUCAUUUUUACAGAUGAAGAGUGGAAGCAUCUGAUUCCUGUUCAGAGGGCCCUCUACAAGGCGGUAAUGCUUGAGAACUAUGAGAGCAUUGUCUCACUGGGCCUUCCAGGUCCUCAACCUGAUGUGAUUUUCCAGUUGAAGAGAGAGGAUGAGCCAUGGAUAGAGGGUCUUCAUGGAUCAAAGAAGCGAGAGUGUCCACAAAGUGUCUCUCUAGACUGGGAGACUAAGCCUGAGAUUCAAGAUGCUUCAGAAGAAGUAAAACCAGGAGGAACACUGAGGGAAAGCCCUGGAAGACAAAGUUCUCUGUGUGCUAAACUUGAAGUUCAAGCACCAGAGUGGGGGUUGGAGGUAGAGAACAAAAGCCCCCUAGUGAAGACUUGCAAGAAAUCACUUUCCCAGGAUAAAAGCUUUCAGGGAGGGUCAGCUACACCCAAGAAAAUUCUCAAUAAAGACCGAGACCAAGAAUGCAGUGACUGUGGGAAGACCUUCUUUGAUCACUCCUCCCUCAUCCGCCACCAAAGAACUCACACUGGAGAGAAGCCCUAUGACUGUCCUGAGUGCGGGAAGGCCUUUAGUCACAGGAGCAGUCUCAGCAGACAUCUGAUGUCGCACACUGGGGAGAGCCCCUAUGAGUGCAGUGCAUGUGGCAAAGCCUUCUUUGACCGGUCCUCCCUAACUGUGCAUCAGCGGAUUCACACGGGAGAGAAGCCCUUUAAGUGCAGUGAGUGUGGAAAAGCCUUCUUUGAUCGGUCCUCCCUUACUCGUCACCAGAGAAUUCACACUGGAGAGAGUCCUUAUGAAUGUCACCAGUGUGGGAAAGCCUUUAGCCAGAAGAGCAUUCUCACUCGCCAUCAGCUGAUCCACACUGGCAGGAAGCCAUACGAAUGCAGUGAAUGCGGGAAAGCCUUCUAUGGUGUCUCCUCACUGAACAGGCACCAGAAAGCUCACACUGGGGAGCCGCGCUAUCAGUGUAAUGAAUGUGGCAAAGCUUUCUUUGAUCGCUCAUCACUCACGCAACAUCAGAAGAUCCAUACUGGAGACAAGCCUUAUGAAUGCAGCGAGUGUGGGAAAGCCUUUAGCCAGAGGUGCCGGCUCACGCGGCAUCAGAGAGUUCAUACAGGAGAGAAGCCCUUUGAGUGCAGUGUGUGCGGGAAAGUUUUCAGUUCAAAAUCAUCAGUCAUUCAACAUCAGCGGCGUUAUGCCAAACAGGGAAUAGACUGAGUCAGGUGGAAGCUGGAGUAAGACAAAAACCUCCCUAUAAACUUAAGACAGGUCUCCCUGUCCUAAAGAAACCCUGCAUUUGCUCAUUCUGCCCACUUGGGCUACUGUUCUGUCCUGCCUUUCCUCCACAUGUCUGAACAAACACUCUGUUUUACAGAACUGACUUGGGAUGUGGAAAUUAGGAAAUUACUCUACCAAUUCAAAAUUUUGGA